GCCCUGUGAGCUAGGCGGAAGUGUUAGGACAGAAAAUUAGAAAUACGGAGAGACACCGACCGUACAGAAAAAAAAAAAUUGUGAUCAAACAUCUGAAAGCCAAACUGAAUCGGCAACGGCCUCAAUUACACAUAUACGAACAGUAACGUAAGAAUGGUGACUGACGUGCAACUGGCCAUCUUUGCCAAUAUGCUGGGGGUAUCUCUGUUCCUGCUGGUGGUUCUGUACCACUAUGUAGCAGUCAACAAUCCCAAGAAACUUGAGUAGAACUGCCCUGAGAGAGGGGGAAGUGAGCUAGGGGUUUGGUGUGGAGGUGGCGGUAUGGGACCAGAGAGGGGAGCAGUGAGAAGCCAAACAUCCUCUUCUCCCUCCUCAUCCCCCUGCCAAAAUGUCCAACUCAAGCCCAGUCUGUACAGGAGUGUUUUCUAAUAAAAAGUUUGUCAAUUAACCCCA